AUGCCGCCGUCCGUGCAACCGUUGUCAAUCUCGCUUGACUUCUUUGACAUGGAAGACAUAAAUAUGGACCAUCACACGCCGCUGUCCUCGGGUUCGUCCUCCUGCUCAGAGCGCAGCAAGCCCAGCCCGGCUACGAAGCUCAAGAAGCGCAACAAUGCCAAAGUGCUCUCCACCAAGCGGCUUUCCAAUGAAGAAAAGCAGGCCAAAAAUCGCCUCUUCGUCAAGCGCUGCUACUACAAGAAGCGUGAGGCGCUUAAGAGCCUGCGCGAGGAAGUGGCUCAACUCGAAAGCGAGUUCGCCUCCGUGCUCCAGCACUGGCAGCAGCAGAACGAAAAGUCUGCCGAGGCCUUCAUCGACGGCAAGCGUCGCAUCACAGCGAAAGACUUGUACGCUGAGCUUACGACUGUGCGUAGCUCGCUUGUCGAGGAGCAGCAGCGACUGAGUCUGCGUAUUGCGGAUCGCCACCUCUUUCGCCAGCGCCUGCAGCAGCUCUACGAGCCUACGCGCUGA